AUGCAGUUCAUUGUAGCGGAAUUUCUGUUGAUUGGCUUUGUGUGUGGGUUGAAUUAUACGGGCGAGUCGGAUGUGGAUACAAAGUUUUUCAAAAUCUUCAAUGCCUCAGGAUUUGAUAUACCUUUUAAUAAAGUGGUGGAGCAAAGGCUGUUCAUCGAUAGCCAGGUGGGUUGUUGUGGUCAAUAGUGUGGCUAAAAUACCAAGCUCUAAGGUCUCGAAUUUUGCAAAGUUUGAGCAAAGCACUUCUAAUGCAAACGCAGAGCUUGAUAAACACAAGUUUUGGAAUAAUCUUUGCUAUAGAAUUACUUUUAUUGUAUAUCAAAAUAUUUAGAAUAUCACAAAGCUUUUUGGCCUUUUUUAAAAAGCCUCGAGAAUUGUUUAGAGCUGUUAAAUUCAAUGGGCAAUUUUUAAAAUACGAUGGGUAACAACUUGCCUUUAUUCAUGUUGCCAGACAGUACACUUUUUCAGAUUCUAAAACUGGCAAAUCAAUAUGAGAUUGAAAUCAGCGAAGACGUCUUCAAAGUUAAACUCUUGAUCCAACAAAUUCCGGAUUCCGACCUAUUCGGAGCUGGGCUAUCAGCACUUAUCAAACACAUAGAAAAAAUCCGUCACAGCUUGGCGAAAAAGGCGUCGGAUGACGAGCUAGUCUUUUUGGACGAGGAAAUAUUCUUCCUACACUCUUUGGAAAAGGUGAGCUGUUUUGGAAGUUGUAAUAAAGUAUUCGUUAUUAAAGAGCCGCUGUGGAAAGAGGAGGGUCAAAAUUCAUUUUGUGGCGAUGACUUUCUUAGACAUCUCCAAAAAGAUCUCGUUUUUUUUAUUUUGUGAUAACGUACGGUAUGACAAGUUAUGAUGAUAAUUUGUGAGUCUUAAAGAUGUCAACUGACGCUGAAUUUUUGGGAAAAAUUCGCCGUUUCUGCAAAUAAUGAACUGAUAAUUUGAGUUUAUCUUGUUUCACUUGACCCUGAAUUUACGUUCCAAAAUCAACAUAGGGUUUGGAGUUGAAAAAUUUUGGUUUUCUUUCAGUAUUGUUACUGUUGAAAAAUUAGAAAAGAGACUCUUACUUCUUCCCAAAAAUUUUUAUUUAAAAAAAAUAGAUAUUGAACUUAAUUACACUUCAGAGUCACGAAAACACAGUCCUCGACCGCAACAUGGCUGCCAUUAACAAAGAGGGUUUUAUCGGCCUAAACUCCUACCUAAUCAGAGCGGCCAUUGUGACGGCCUUUGAAGCCGGCGAUGUCCAACAUUUCAACCCUCGAACCGAAGUGGCCUAUUUUUUGGACGCUCUUUUUAAAGUCGACCCUCUCCAUCCACUCUCUCAUACCCUCCAAUUUCUCAUCGACGCUACCGAAAACUUGAGAAAAGCCCUGAGGGCGCAUAAAGUGCCGAAUGAAACGAUUGGGAAAAUAAAUCAUCUUUUGGGACUGUUGGUUCAAGCCAAGAGUCUACAGGAUGACACGAUAUUGGAUGGGCUGAAAGGACGACAAUUGCAACUGUACGAACAGAUUGUAGAGUCGUUAAAGGAGCUGAAAACACUGCUAAUUAAGGAUGCAGAAAAGAGAUAA